GAUAAAAUGGGUGUAAGAAGUGAUUCAGAGGAUACUGGGACUAGAGGUCGUUCACCCUCAGAAGAGAAGAAGUCUCGGCGCAGACAUGAUUCCUCCGACGAAGAAGAAAAGAAGAUCGAGAAGAAGGAGAGAAGAAAGAAGGACAGAUCUUCCUCAAGAGACAAACAAAGAGACAGUGAGAGACGCAGGUCACGUUCCCGUGACAAGAGGCGGGAUGGAUCCAAGGAGCGGCGACGGGAUCGGAGCCAGGAUCUGAAGCAGGAAGGAAGCAGGGAGCAGCGAAGGAGAGACAAGAGCGUUGACAAGAGUGAGAGAAAGCGAGAGCGUAGUGCUGACAAGAAGGAUGAACCUGCAGCCAAGAAGAAACCGGAAACGUUGACAACGAAAACAGGAGGAGCUUACAUUCCUCCUGCUAGGCUCAGGAUGAUGCAGCAAAGUAUCACGGAUAAGUCAAGUGAACCAUACCAAAGACUGGCGUGGGAAGCUCUUAAGAAAUCUAUCAAUGGUUUGAUUAACAAGGUUAACUCUCCCAAUAUUGCGAUAAUUGUUCGCGAACUUUUCGCGGAAAAUAUUGUGCGAGGAAGAGGCUUACUAUGCCAGUCAAUUAUUCAGGCUCAGACUGCGUCACCAACGUUUACGCAUGUGUACGCUGCUCUAGCAGCGAUUAUUAACACCAAGUUCCCAAACAUCGGAGAGCUUCUGCUCAAGCGUCUUAUCAUCAACUUCAAGCGGGGGUUCAAGCGGAAGGAUAAAUUGAGAUGUACGUCGAGUGUUAGAUUCAUUGCCCACAUGGUUAACCAACAGGUUGCCCAUGAAGUACUAGCCCUAGAAAUACUAACUCUACUACUGGAGAGUCCUACAGAUGACAGUGCAGAGGUUGCAAUCACAUUUCUCAAAGAGGUUGGUCAGAAACUGACUGAGGUUUCUCCUCGGGGUAUUCACGCAAUCUUCGAAAGAUUGCGCCACGUGCUUCACGAGUCUACCCUGGAUAAGAGAACACAGUACAUGAUAGAGGUGAUGUUCCAAGUGCGAAAGGAUGGUUUCAAGGACAACCCCAGUGUCCCCGAGGAGUUGGACCUCGUGGAGGAAGAUGAUCAGUUUACGCAUAUGCUUACAUUGGAUGACGCUACUUCAGGUGAGGAGAUCCUAAACGUGUUCAAGUUGGAUCUCCAGUAUAUGGAAAAUGAAGAGAAAUAUAUGGCUAUAAAGAAGGAACUAUUGGACGAGGGAAGUGGUGACGAGGAUUCUGACGAAGAUGGUGAAAGCGAUUCGUCAGAUUCUGAGGAAGAGAAGCUGGAAUCUGCUCCAAUUAUUGAUAGCACAGAAACUAAUCUCAUUUCUCUCAGGAGAACGAUUUAUCUAACUAUUCAAUCUUCCCUGACCUACGAGGAGGCAACCCACAAGCUUCUCAAACUGGCCCUUAAACCAGGACAAGAACCAGAGCUAUGUCACAUGAUAAUAGAUUGCUGUGCUCAGCAGAGAACUUAUGAGAAAUAUUUUGGACUCAUCGCACAAACAUUGUGCCAGAUCACGAAGACCUACGUUGACCCCUUCAUGAAGAUAUUUGCGGAUACAUACAGUACAGUACACAGACUGGAGACUGGAAAACUCAGAAAUGUCGCAAAAUUCUUCGGGCACCUCUUCUUCACUGAUGCUAUUGGUUGGGAGGUGAUGGGAAUUAUCAAACUGAACGAAGAUGAUACAACCUCCUCAUCCAGAAUAUUUAUCAAGAUUCUAUGGCAGGAGUUAGCCGAGUUUAUCGGUUUACCUAAACUAAAUGAGCGGAUACGGGAUCCCACCCUUCAAGAAGCAUUUGACGGAAUCCUACCCAGGGAUAACCCUCGAGAUACUAGGUUUGCGAUAAACUUCUUCACAAGUAUAGGAUUAGGAGGUCUGACAGAGGAUCUAAGAUCUCAUCUGAAAACUGCUCCUAAAUCAUCAGCUGCAGUUCCUAAUAUCAGGAAGAAGUCUGUGAGCAGCAGUAGUAGCAGUAGCAGUUCCAGCAGUAGCAGCUCAGAUUCAGAUUCAGAUUCAGAGGAAGAUAAGAAAAAGAGACGAAAGAAGGCGGACAAGAGAAGCAGAUCAACUAGUAGGAGGAAGGAGAGAAGGAGUAGGUCCCCUCGUAGGAGGAGGUAGUCGAGAGGAGUAGGUCCUUCCACUGGAAAAUCAACGAACAACUCACGUUUUCGGACAUUUUACUUCAAAUGUUAUUUUAGAUUAGUAAAACUUGUAUUUCUGUAUCAAUAUAAUAUUUUUAAGUAAAAACAUUUUUACAAUAAAAAUAAUUUGUUUCA